AUUUGAGUGCUUUCCCACCAAUUUGUCACUUUCGCGCGAAAUGAAGGCGUCCAAACCAUCGACCAAACUCGCCGCGGCUGAUGUGCCGCUCUUCGCCGUGAAUGAUAUCAUCCUAGUGAAGCACGGCAUUGAGAUCUUCGAUGCCAAGAUCCUGCGCUUGGACGAGAACAGCGACGUGCCACACUACUUUGUCCAUUACAACGGCUGGCACAAGAAGUGGGACGAAUGGGUCUCUUCGGAUCGUGUGCUGGACACGAGUCCUGAAUCACGCGAACUCCAGAAGCAAGCUAGCUUGAAUGCCAAGGAGCAGGUGAAACGAAAGGCGACGACGGCUACCAUUACGUCGUCGGGCGUGAUGAAGAAGAAGUCCAAGGUGGUCGACCCGUUUGACGACUCGGUGGUGAUCAAGGACCAUGCGCGGGAUCUCGAAGAGGUCGUGCAGGAAGUCCAAGUGUCGAUUCCCAUCCCCAUGACACUCAAGAAGGUCCUCAUCGACGACUGGAAGAAGAUCACCCAAGAACAGCAGUGGAUCGAUAUGCCCCGCGUACCCAGCGUCCGCUCGGUCAUUGCCGACUAUCUCGACCACGAAGCCACCAAAGAGCACGACCUUGAGAUCACCCGCCCCAUGCUGGAAGGCCUCGAAGCGUACUUUAAUCGAGCACUGCCGCUCAUCCUCCUCUACCGGCACGAGCGCGCCCAGUACGACCAGAUCGCCGACUCUUCCACCGUGACCGACGACAGCUCGGCCGCCGAUCGCGCCGCCGCCGCCCCCGCCGCGAUCUACGGCGCCGAGCACCUUCUCCGACUCUUUGGUACUGCUAUUGAUGGUCUUGUAUGGUAGAAAACCUCGUACUGUACGUAGUGCGGCUGCCACUGCUCAUGAGUCAAAUGGGACUGGAUCUGCCGCAGUCGGACCAGCUGCGCAUCCAGGGCACGCUGACGGCGUUCCUAAAGUAUAUGCAAAAGAACCGCCAAACGUACUUGGCUCCCCAAUACAUUGCAUCGAGCGCGUUUGUGUGGCGUCCAACAUCCACGACACAGUGAACCAGACAAUAGGACGAGAUGUAUUGUGGUAUAUUUGGUCUGUCGAAUAUCUCGCGAAUCGACGCUAUUGGCUAAUCCAAUUUGGAGUGGAUUUGAUUGGCUCUUACAGAAACGACAAGUAUAUUCAACCAA